CGGAGACACCUGCCCGCACGCAGGGUGCCGGAGGGGCGCGGGUGGGUGCGCGGCGGCGCGGUGCCUGCGGUCCCAGGGCCCCACCCGAGGGCGGCUGCAGGCGGCGGGCUGCCACUCCCUCCUCGCGGGGAGCCCGGGCGCGGGAGGAGGCCGGCGGGGCAGAGCGGGCAGCCGCCGCCUCCUGGCCGGCUCCCUCCACCUGCACCCGGGCUGCGGCGGCGGACGGGGCGCUCGCCGGCGGGGCUGCAUGGGGCUGUCGCGGGGCCCGCUCUUCUGGCUGCUGCUGGGGCUGCUGGCGGCCGCGUGCUCGGGGAUCCUCUUCGUCCUUUACUCGUCGGCCGCCCAGCCCUACGGGGCGCCCGGGGCCCGAGCCAGGCCAGGAAAUAGAAAGAACAUUCAAGUGAGCCCCCCAGAGGCCACGGAGCAGGUGCCCCACAAGGGAAGGAGGAUCACCAUCCAGGGAGAGGAGGUGCACCAGGUCACAGCCCAAGGCACUGGAGCCCUCAGAGGAGCAGAAGCCAGAAGGGCCCCGGCAGAGCAGCAGAGCACAGGGCCUCAGGAGAGAGGGGGAAGCAUGCUGGAAACGCUGUCACCCAGAAAGCAAGAGAGAGGGACGGCUACCAACAGGACAGGAGCACGGUCACUGCACAGCCAGGACACAAGGACAACCAGAGGGAGGAGACAGCAGCCCAAGAAGCCCCCGGCCAUGAGGCCAAUUCAGGUGAAGCCUCGGGGCCAAGCCAGAACCACAGGGAGCCCACAGCCAGCUCAGGGCCAGAAGGCCACCAUCCUCACCACUGUAGUAGCAAGGUCCACGAUGAGGCGCAUCAAAAGAAGUACCGCUGCACGUGUGUCACCUGUGAAGAGAGCCCAGGCCUCUGCACGCAAUGCCCCUUCCCAGAGUUCCGCUGUACCGAGGAACCAGGAGCUGCGUGCUGCCAACUUCAAGUCUCAGCCCGAGUGGGAUUUUGAGGAGCAAUACAGCCUGGAUGUGGGAGGCCUGCAGUCGAAAUGCCCUGACUCAGUGAAGGCCAAGGCCUCCAAGUCCCCUUGGCUCCAGAAUCUCUUUCUGCCCAACAUCACCCUCUUCCUGGACUCCAGACGCUUCAACCAGAGCGAGUGGCUACGCCUGGAGCACUUUGCACCGCCUUUUGGCUUCAUGGAGCUCAACUAUUCCUUGGUGCGGAGUGUGGUGGCACACUUCCCUGCGGUGCCCCAGCAGCAGCUGCUCCUGGCCUCCCUCCCAGCGGGCAGCGCCAAGUGCAUCAGCUGUGCCGUGGUGGGCAACGGGGGCAUCCUCAACAACUCGCGAAUGGGCCGGGAGAUCGACAGCCACGACUACGUGUUCCGACUGAGUGGCGCUCUCCUGCAGGGCUAUGAACAGGAUGUGGGUACGAGGACAUCUUUCUAUGGUUUCACUGCCUUCUCCCUGACCCAGUCAGUGAUCAGUUUGGGCCAGCGGGGCUUCAAGCAUGUGCCUCAGGACAAGGACACUCGAUACCUGCACUUCUUGGAAGGCACCCGGGACUAUGAGUGGCUGGAAGGACUGCUUCUGAAUCAACCCAUGAGGACAAAAAACCUGUUCUGGUUCAGGCGCCGGCCCCUGGAGCUUUUCCCCCCAGACUUACCCCUGAGCCGAUACCUGUUGCUUCACCCAGACCUGAUGCGCUACAUGAAGAACAGAUUUCUCAGGUCUAAGACUCUGAACACAGUCCACUGGAGAAUCUACCGGCCCACCACUGGAGCCCUCCUGCUGCUCACCGCCCUUCAGCUCUGUGAUCAGGUGAGUGCUUAUGGCUUCAUCACUGAGGGCCACGAGCGCUUCUCUGACCACUACUACGACAAGAAUUGGAAGAAAACAGUCUUCUACCUGAACCAUGACUUCCGGUUAGAGAGAGAGACCUGGAAGAGAUUGCACGAUGAAGGAAUAAUCCGGCUGUACCAGCGUCCUGUGACACCCAAACCCAAGGUCUGAGGGGAGCCCAAGGUGCUUGCAGCUCCUCCAAGGUGUGAGGGGGCCCUCAAGGCUCUCCUGCCAUCUCCUCAGGCCUAGGCCAGGCCCCCAGGCCCUCCAGACUCCCCAAACACCACUUGUGAGAGGAGAAGCUGCCCCCACCAUGGCAGGUGCUGAGCCAGGUCUGGGAGAGCUUAGAAAGUGGAGGCAGGAUCUGUGCCUCAGAGAGAACUCCACCUGGGAGGCCAGGGAUGAUUGACUAGCUGCAGUGAUGAGGCCUCAGUGCUGCAGACUCUGCUGAACAUUCCCUCCUCUGGCCAUGGCUGCCCUGCCCAACCUAGAGGAGAGAGCUGAAGGGGCAGGGUAGGGCUGCACUCCAGACCCUCCACUGAGAAGCUGUGAAAUGGUAAAGACAUUGCUCCUGUCACUCUAAACUCUCAGCAGGGCUCCUCUCAGGGCUCUCUGAUUCUAGAAGAAUCUGCUCUGUUCCUUGUCUUUGAGCCAUUUGACAACUCUCUGGGUUGUAGAGAUCUGACAGUAAUAAACAAUUAUUCUUGUUGGGGACACAAAUAAAUGUCCAUAAGAUGCAAACAU